AUGCCUCCUUUGCCGUCUAACAUUUCGCUGGCGAAGGAAAUGGAAGUCAAAAUUGAUGAGCUUCACAAUUUCAGCAGCGAAACAACUGGAGUAGAAGAUAUUGCAAGAUUGCUGUCCAGAUGUCCCCAUCUUAAGGUUCGGGUACUUGGACCUACAGACUAUGGAAGUUCGUUUGAACCGUAUCAUUUAAACACCAGAUUGAGGCGAGACAGCAAGUAUGCUCUGGAGCAUUUGUGUGAUUAUUAUCACACCAUAUGUGGAGUAAAACCUUUGCAGCUGAGCCGACUUGUCCUUCCAGCCGACUUAUCUCCUUUCAAGUCCGCAUCUGAAAGGGUCGAUAAUUAUCUAGAGAAUCUGACCAAUACAUCAUUCAUCACUGACCUGGGAUUUUUCAAUGGUCUGAUCGCAGAGAACCCCAGCAACAGUGACGCUCAAUUUUGUGAUAUCGACUACAGGCUUCUUGAGAACGUGGGUCCCUUGCGCAGUAUUAAGGUCACCCGUCUCGACGGCGCACUCAGGGCCUGGACGAAUAAUGAGGCAAGGAAGAUCUCAAAUCUUCGAAAACUCGGAAUUACUCAGCUGUACAGCAUGUAUGACUCCCUCUUAGAGGAGUUCAACACGCUCGACCUCCCACGGUUAUCCGAGCUCUCAAUCAGAGAAGUGACGAAUGUACCAAACACUCCCAAUCUCCUAGUGCCUGUUUUAGAAAAGCCUCCAGGGUACGAUGUGCUAGCUCCAUACACAAUUCUUGAUAGACUUCCAGGCCACGGAAGAAGUCUCACUAAACUCGGACUCUAUCUAGAUUUUGCUACUCAAUGGGACAAUUUUUCAAUCCAUCUAUCCAACAUGAAGUCCCUUACAUAUUUAUGCAUAGGUCAACGUCGCAGCAGUACCGACGGUCUUCCAGGUCCCAAUCCAGACCCUUUUGUGUCGGCUCAUGACGCAUUAUGCUACAUAAAGCUAAUUUCCGCGCUAUCUCCUUCACUACGGUAUGUGAAAAUUGCAUAUCGUGCAUGGAAGAUUAGUACUGGGUCACAGGCAUCUAUAGUUGAAGUAGACGAAAAUGAUGAGUUCUUUGAAGAAUGUUGGACAUGGCGAGGUUGA